UGUGACGACUCACCCAGCUUCACUGUUAAUCAACAUCUCUCAUUUGAUGGAGUGAGGAAAUCUCUCUCAGAUCUGAAAAAACGAGUCGAACAAAUCUGUGAGGAGGAAUUCAACAAAAUCAGACCACAAGCUACAGCAGUUCAGAUGAGUUUACCUUCAGAACCAACGAGCAGAGAAGAUUUUUUGCAGUAUUUCUGUUAUCUGACUCUGGAUCCAAACACAGCACAUCAUCAACUCAUUCUGACUGAGAAGUACAGAGUGGUGACACGGAGUAAGACAGAACAGCGAUACACUGAUCAUCCAGAGAGAUUUGACUCUCGGCAUCAGGUGUUGUGUAAGGAGAGUGUGUGUGGACGCUGUUACUGGGAGGUGGAGAGGAGCAAUGAUGUGUACAUAUCAGUGUCAUAUAAAGAGAUCAGCAGGAAAGGACGGGGUGAUGAGUGUUUGUUUGGACGCAACAGUCAGUCCUGGAGUAUGCUGUGUUUUUUUUCCUUUGUCUCUUUCUGGCAAAACAACAUUCAGACUGAGCUCCGAGGUCCAUCAUCCUCCAGAAUAGGAGUGUAUGUGGAUCACAGUGCAGGAACUCUGUCCUUCUACAGCAUCUCUGACACCAUGAGGCUCCUCCACAGAGUCCACACCAUAUUCACUCAGCCUCUAUAUGCUGGAGUCAGGAUGUUGCGUUAUAACUCAUCUGUGAGGUUUUGUGAUCCAAAAUAAAAUGUUAGUAAAAGUGUUUAUAAAAACUAUAAGUGAGGGGUGAGAUUUAAUUUGUCCCUGAGCUACACUGGACAUUUUGUUUGCAGAAACUGGAACAGUAAUGAAUGCAGAAUGUAGAAACAGACUAUUUAACUGUAUGCACUAUUAGGAUGGGUUUAUUAUAGUUGAUAUAAAAAUGUUCAAUGUCUCCUCAGAAAUAAUAAACUUUACUCAAACUG